UAUGUCUGAUUUAGAAAGAAGAAAUAUCUAUAACUUUAUUAUCUGAUGAAUUAUUAAUAUCGGAAAUAAUCAGGAUCGAUAGAUCUAAAGUUCAUAUGAUCGAUAUCAUUGCACAUUCGUGCAUCUUUGAUCAUCAAUUUAGUUAUUACAUUGAUUACUUAUUUUUAUGAAAAUGAAUUUUGUUUAUGAAUUUUGAACUUCGGAAGUUAUUUUUUGAAUUUAUUUUUUUAUUGUAGAGAAUAUUUAAAGAAUUUGAUUUAUUUUAAUAUAAUAUUUUUUUAUAUAAAUAUAUUGAUUUAAUUUUUUUUAUAUAAAAUUUAUGAUAUUCCUGCAUUGUGAAUUCAUGAUUUUUGUAGAUUUUAAUUACAUCUGGUAACUCGUUUUAUUGAAUGGAUUGUGAUGUUUAUAAAUUUAAUAUUUAUUGAAUUUUUAUAAAAUUUAUGAAUUUAUGAGUAUUUUACCAUUUUUAUUAUUUUGAUUGAUUUAGAUUAGUAGUAGUAUUAGUAUUAGUAGUAAAUUAUGCCACUAGUAUUAUUUAAAAUUAAAAUUAAUGAUAAAUAUAAUUGCAAAAUUGCAAAAACAAUUACGUAUAAUUUCAUAAUUAAAUCAUCAUUGAAUUUUUAUGAUCAUAUAUUAAUAUAAUUAAUAUAAUAAAAUAUAAGGUUAUACUUGAUUAUAUUUAUAUAUUUUAUAUAUGUUGUUAUCGAUUAUAUAUGUUAAUUAUGAUUAACAUAUAUAAAAUUAUAAGGAAUAAAGGUCAAAUCUAAUUUGAACUAAAUGUGUUGAACUGUUUUGAUAUUAUUCUGUAAAUAAUUACAUAACAUUGAUUUUAUCUUUAUUUUGUCCAAUAAAAUAAUGCGAAAUAUAUUUAUCAAACGUUAUGUUUGCAGUACAAGUUAUGAGGUAAUAAAAUUUAAUAUAAUUAUUUAAAGUUAAUGAAUUUGUUUUUGUAAUAUACAUAAAUAUGGAACAAUUUAACAAUUUUAAUAACAAUCCUUAUGAUGAUAAUUCAUAUGAGGCAGCUAUAAAAAAAUUAUAUGGUUUACAAAGUAAUAGUACAUAUUUAAAGUUAGCAACAAAAAAUAAUUCACAAACAAGUGAUUAUAAAUUACUUGAUACAAUAAAAUAUUUAGUUCGGUCUGGUAUUACACUUGAAAAGUUAGAUACUUUAUCAGUAAUACAUGUAGGAGGUACAAAAGGAAAAGGUUCUACUUGUGCAUACACAGAAGCUAUUUUACGUGAACAUGGUUUUAAAACAGGAUUCUUUAGUUCUCCACAUUUAAUUAGUGUAAGAGAACGUAUAAGAUUAAAUGGACAACCAAUAAGUGAAAUGCAUUUUACUCAAAAUUUUUGGAAAAUAUAUAAAAAAUUAGAAGAUACAAGAGAAUAUGAAUCUGAUAUGCCUGCAUAUUUUAAUUUUUUAACAAUUCUUAUGUUCAAUGUAUUUUUAGAUGAACAUGUUGAUGUUGCUAUAAUUGAAGUAGGUAUUGGAGGUUUAUAUGAUUGUACAAAUAUUGUAAGAAAUCCUGUCUGUGUAGGUAUAACUAGUUUAGGAUUAGAUCAUACUUCUCUUUUAGGUAAUUCUCUUGAAGAUAUAGCUUAUCAAAAAUCUGGAAUUUUUAAAUCAGGAACUAUUGCAUUUUCUGUUCCACAAUUACCUCAAGCAAUGUAUGUAUUAGAAAAAAGAGCAAUUGAAAAAAACUGUAAGUUACAUAUUAUACCAACUUUUGAUGAAUAUAAGUGGGAAAAUAUUUCACCUACUUUGCAAAUAAUAAAUAAAGUUCAACAACAAAAUGCAUCUCUAGCUAUUCAAAUGGCUAUUGAAUGGAUACAAUCUAAAACUGAUAAAAUUUCAAAUGUUUUGCAUAAUUCUAUAAAUAAUAAUAUAUAUUGUAAAUAUAAAGAAAGUUCUCAAAUAAUUGUAUCUAUGGAUAAGGUGGCAAUAGGUUUAUCUUGUUGCAAAUGGCCAGGUCGUAUGCAAGUUUUAAAAAGUAGUAUUGGUGACUUUUUUUUAGAUGGUGCUCAUACAAUUGAAAGUAUUAAAUGUUGUAUUUCUUGGUUCAAUGAUAUAAGUAAUAAAAACAGAGGAAAAAGAUUUCUUAUUUUUAACACAUCUGGUAAUCGAGAUCCAAUUAAAUUAUUAAUAUUAUUAAAAUCUUUAUAUUUUCAUAAAGUAUAUUUUGUACCAAAUUUUGCAGGAAUUAAAAGUUUAGAUGAUGAAGUAAAUUGUUCCUUAAUAGAUGAGCAAAAAAUAAAAUGUGAAAUGAAUUCUAAAAUAUGGGGAACAAAUUCAGUAAUUGUAAAUAGUGUUUUUGAAGUUUUACAAGAUAUAAAAAAUAAUUCAGAACAAAAUCAGAUAUUUGAAAAAAACCAAAUAUUAGUAACAGGAUCCUUACAUUUAAUAGGCACAGUUCUUACUAUUUUAGAUCCAAAUUUGACAAUGAAUACACAAUUUUAAUAUUUUCAAAAUUGAAAUUAUUUAUAUAUAUAUUUAUAUAUGUAUAUAUUUAAUUGUAAAAUAUAUAAAAAGAACAUUUUUUUAUAAACGAUAGAAUUAUAUAUUUAACAAUUAUAUUAACAAUUGUAUCAUGAUAAUACAUUGAUGAUUAAUAUAUAAUAAUACAGUAAGAUAUUGCAUUGUUAUAAUGAUCAUAAUCGGAAAGUACUUAUUGAUAUUUUUUCGUAACAAUUCUCUUUUGUACUUUAAUAUAAAUAUAUUGUUCAUAAAACUAUAAGUAAUUGUAAAGUUUUAAUAAUUUGUACAUAUGACAAGUAUGUAUAUGUUUAUGAAUUGUACGAUACAGGAGAAAUAGAUGAUAUUAAAAUAAAAACUAGAAAAAAAUGCUUAAAA